CCUCGGAACUCUCAGGUCCUGCGGGUUCCAUCGGGGAUUGUUACAUGAGCGCCGCGUUCCGUGUCUCGGACAUGCCCAAACAGCGCCUCGAACAUAAACAAUAGUCACCGGCCGCGGCUGGAGUUGCUGGCGGGGGAGCGCGCCAGAGCCGCUCGGCUGGAGACCCCGCGCUGGUUCUUUGGGGGCCUGCUACUGUCGGAGAAGCGGCUCCAGCCUCUACCCCGGUGCCCCCCAUGGAGGGUCUGUACUCGCUGGGGGUGAGCGUGUUCUCCGACCAGGGCGGCAGGAAAUACAUGGAGGAUGUGACCCAGAUCGUGGUGGAGCCGGAGCUGCCGGCCGAAGGGGAGGAGGGCCCCGCUUACAAGGGCGGAUCGGGGCCUGGAAGCCAGCGGGCGGCCGAGUCCAGGGCCAGGCACGACCCCCUGCCCGCAAGCUGCCGGGGGAGAGGCGCUAGCCCGAAGGCGGCGGAAGAGGAAGAGCCGUCCCCCGGCUCCAGCCGGUGCCUUCGCCGCUCCGUGGCCUUCUUCGCCGUGUGUGACGGGCACGGGGGCCGGGAGGCGGCCCAGUUCGCUCGGGAGAACCUCUGGGGUUUCAUCAAGAAGCAGAAGGGAUUCUGCUCCGCCGAGCCGGCCGAGGUGUGCGCGGCCCUGCGCAAAGGCUUCAUUGCCUGCCACCGGGCCAUGUGGAAAAAGCUGCCAGAGUGGCCGAAGACCAUGACUGGCCUCCCAAGCACAUCAGGAACUACCGCCAGUGUGGUAAUUAUCCGUGGGUCAAAGAUGUAUGUGGCGCAUGUCGGAGAUUCAGGAGUGGUGCUGGGAGUCCAGGAUGACCCCAAAGACGACUUCGUUAGGGCUGUGGAGGUGACACAGGACCAUAAGCCUGAACUUCCGAAAGAAAAGGAGAGAAUCGAAGGGCUUGGGGGCAGUGUGAUCAAUAAGUCUGGUGUGAAUCGGGUUGUCUGGAAGAGACCUCGGCUGACUCACAAUGGCCCAGUGCGGAGGAGUACAGUCAUUGACCAGAUUCCAUUCCUGGCCGUGGCACGAGCGCUUGGUGAUCUGUGGAGCUACGAUUUCUACAGUGGUGAAUUUGUUGUGUCUCCUGAACCAGACACUAGUGUAUAUACGCUUGAUCCCCAGAAGCACAAAUACAUUAUCCUAGGCAGCGAUGGACUGUGGAACAUGAUCCCACCUCAAGAUGCUAUUUCUAUGUGCCAAGAUCAUGAGGAGAAACAGUAUUUUAUGGGAGAACACAGACAGUCUUGUGCCAAAAUGCUGGUGAACAGAGCACUAGCCCGGUGGAGGCAGCGCAUGCUUCGUGCAGAUAAUACUAGUGCCAUUGUAAUCUGCAUCUCGCCGGUGCUGGACAAUCGGAGCAACUGGGAAAAUGAAGAGGAAUUGUAUCUCAACUUGGCAGAGGGCCCCUGCUACAGCAGUCCUGAUAUGAGCAUGAUGACACCCUCCCGCUGCUGUACCCCUCCUAUCAAGCUUCUAGAAGAGGAUCUAUGGCCACGUCUGAACUCCUCUGAGCCUGUUCCUUCUCUCAUGCAUAGCAAUGUGAUCUUGGAUAAAUAUUCCGAGCUGUCCAGUGAGAUUGCUAAAAGCAGUAUACCGUUGGCGGUAGCAUCCUCUAGGGAUCCAGCCCCACAGGAGGAGAACUGCAGCAAAACACUAGCUUUGAGGAUUCAUGAAUCUUACAGCAAUGGCUUGUCAGUUACCCUCUCCCCUUCCAACUCAGCAAAUUCAAGCGUGGACCAAAAAAGCUUAAAGAUGUCUCCUAAUGGCCAAACAAAAUCCCAAGAAGCGGAGAGGACACCUACAGGAAACUUUAAACGGACAUUAGAAGAAUCUAACUCCGGCCCAGCUUUGAAGAAGCCAAGACGUAGCUUGAGUCGAAACAUUAGUGUCCAGCCAGAAAGCCUGUCCACAACUCCACAGCGCAAAAACUCAAACAAGCUCAGCAUGCGGCGAAGCCUGAGGGGGCAGAAGAAGCUUGGCAAUUCGCUGUUCCACCAGACCAGGAAAGCAGUAUGCGUUUGCUGAAGGGUGUUUGUGUGAGCACAGUUUGGUCUGAUUUAGAAUUUUGAAGUUGGUGCAGAAAUUUGAAACUCUUCCUGUUUAUCUUUUUUUUAAAGUAGAAAACUUUUUGGUAUCGAACAGCUUUAUUCUCAGCCUUGUACUGCUUGUAUUAUAACUGUGAAUUUUGUAGAUGUGUAGGGUAUAAGUCGCUGUAAAAUGUGUGUAAAUUUGUACUCCUUCAUACAAAUGUAGUCUUCCCCCCCCCCCUUGUAUAUUUGUUACAACAGGGCUAAACCUUGUUUAAAAGAAAAUGUUUAAUCUUUUUUGUUAAUUUACUAAAGUCAUGAAUUUGUAUAAGCUUCUUGUGAUGAGGAUUUCACAACUUUUUAACUGAAGUAAAUUAUUAAAUAGAAUGGAAGAUAUGUAUUUUCGUAGUACUAUACGUUCAACCCAAAGUGUGUCUUUUAGAGAAUUACUCUAGGCCUAUUUUUUGUUUUUUAAAUUUUAGAUUUCUCUAUUCAGAAAUGAAAUGGAAGCAGAGAUGUUGUGUUACUUUACACAGCUCAGUAUCAAUUUCUUUAUCUUAAUUAAAAUACUAUGCAGUAUCUUAUUCCGUUGUAUUUUUUGUAACCUUAAUCGUCAAAGUAUUUAGCAAAAAAAAUUGUGUGGUUUUUUUUUUUUAAAUUUCUGAAAACUCCAACCCAUCCUACAAAGCCAUUCUCAUUCCCUGUAGUAAUUUAUUUGGCAUUUUAUCCAGGCAUUUGGUAGUGGUAUUCCUUUUAAUAUAUAUGCCCCAUAAAGGCAUUUUUUUAUUAUUCCACUAACUGAUGGUACUGCUAAUUCCUUUCCAAAGUAAGUCAUCAAAUUAUUUUAUGAUUUACAGUUUUCAUUGAGUAUGUAGACCCAUAUGUACAUUCACCUAAAUAAAACAAGUGAAAACUU